AUGCUGGUAGCGACAACACGGCCGUUGGGAAACGCCAUCGCCGGCGCCGAGCCGCCCCUGACCUGCGAAGAUCCGCCCACGAUCACUCAGUGCCUGCGCGACGAGGGUGAUGCUGAGGCAUUGGAGGCAGCCGCUUCGGCCGAGAUGCCGGCGCAGGCGGAGCUGCGCAUUGUGGACAGCCAGAGCCUAUUGCUGCGCUGGCCCCUCGUGGAGGGCGCCAUAGGCUACGAG